UCAAGAGAGAGAGAGAGAGUUGUUCGAAUGAAAAAAGCCGGACCCAGAGUAGCAGCGGAUGGGGGCCUGACGAUGGUGAUCGGAGCCGGGUUCCCCUGUUUUCAGGGCCUGGGAAUGAAGCCCACGAGGCAUCAUAAUCCUAUUUCUUGUAUUCUUCGCUAGGCAGAUUGAGCAUGCGAUUUGAAACUUGAAAGUGCUAACCAUAGCAUAACAUUGAUUGGACUUAUUAACUGAAAAUGGGAAUAUAUCUCAGUACCCCAAAGACUGAAAAGUUCUCUGAAGAUGGUGAAAAUGAUAGACUUAAGUUUGGUCUUUCCUCAAUGCAAGGGUGGCGGGCAACAAUGGAAGAUGCUCAUGCAGCAUUUCCAGAUCUUGACAGCUGGACAUCAUUCUUUGGUGUUUAUGAUGGCCAUGGAGGUAAAGUUGUAGCAAAGUUUUGUGCCAAAUUUCUUCACACUCAAGUGCUUAAAAAUGAGGCGUCUUCACCUGGUGAUUUGGGUGCUUCAAUUCAGAAAUCUUUCUUCAGGAUGGAUGAGAUGAUGCGUGGGCAGAGAGGAUGGAGAGAGUUGGCUGUACUGGGAGAUAAAAUAAACAAGUUUACUGGCAUGUUGGAAGGGUUUAUAUGGUCUCCAAAGGGUUCAGAAAGUAAUGGUCAAGAAGAUGAAUGGGCUUUUGAAGAGGGGCCACACUCUGAUUUCUCUGGACCAACAUCUGGAAGCACGGCAUGUGUAGCAGUUAUCAGGAACAACCAACUUAUUGUUGCUAAUGCUGGGGAUUCCCGCUGUGUGAUCUCACGAAAAGGACAGGCGUAUAACUUGUCAAGAGAUCAUAAACCAGAUCUUGAGGCCGAAAAGGAAAGAAUUCUGAGGGCUGGAGGUUUCAUCCAUGCUGGGAGAGUCAAUGGAAGUUUAAACUUAGCAAGAGCAAUUGGUGAUAUGGAAUUCAAGCAAAAUAAGUUUUUGCCUGCAGAAAAGCAAAUUGUGACUGCCAAUCCUGACAUAAACAUUGUUGAUCUUUGUGAUGAUGACGAGUUUAUUGUUCUGGCAUGCGAUGGUAUUUGGGAUGUGUUAUCAAGUCAGCAGCUUGUGGAUUUUGUGCAUGAGCACAUAAACACUGAAAGUAGCAUCUCGGCGGUCUGUGAGAAAGUUCUUGAACGUUGUUUGGCGCCAUCCACGGCUGGGGGAGAGGGGUGCGACAACAUGACCAUGAUCCUCGUCCAAUUUAAGAAAACCGCCCCCUCAUCCUGAUUCACCUUGCCUGACUGAGAGCUGGUGAACCUAUUGUGAUGAUCCCUUUUUCUCCCUCUCAUGAAUUGCCUGUCACUCCUUGCCCCACUCUCUCUCUCUGGAGGCUGUGCUGCUCCGUGGCCAGAGGCUGCGCUGCUCUGUGGCCAAAGCAAAUCAACUCUCUCUCUCUGGAGGCUACUCCUUGGCCAAAGCAAUCUCUCUCUCUCUCUCUCUCUCGGCUACUACCCCUUUAGUGACUUGGUUGUUGCGGCGAAGGGAUGGGGGUUUCUGGUUUUUGCUUUGGACUUCAGCUCUUAUUCUAUAUCUGUAAAUGUAGGCGGUAGGUAGCAGGAGUGAGAAGUCAUUCACAUGGCUUGUAUAAGAAAAAUUUACAUUUUAAUAGAUUGCGGCAAUAAAUAGUGUACAGAGGUAUAAUCUUCUCUUCA